AUGCCUUCCGGUGAAGUGUUCGACUUGUAUAGAAACCCCAAUGCCACAGCUCCUGCAAGCAGGAAGAAAGCGAGCAGGCGACACCCCGGGGAAAGCAGCAGCGACCCUUCUAAGAAAAGGGCUCAGACUGAGAAUCCUCCUGCACCCACACCUUCCAAAGACAUGACUUCUCCUCUAGCUCCUGUCGAUCCAACUCCUCCAGCUUCUGUCGACCCGACUUCAACAGUUCCCAUCGACCCGACUCCUCCAGCUCCUCCCAACCCAAGUCCUUCUACUCAGUCAAAAACGAUUCAAGCUGAAGCUAUCCUGAACACAACUUACAAUUCGGCCAAUGAUAGGCUGAAGAAACUGUUGAGAGAUCGGCGUAGCCAGGAAGCCUUCAACAACGUCUCUACCAUGAAAGUCAACUAA